AUGAACCCGCACGCCAUUCCAUCUCGGAUGACAAUUGGCCACUUGGUCGAGCAGCUCACCGGAAAGGUUGGCGCUUUGGUUGGCUGCCAGGGAGAUGCCACGCCCUUCACCCGAGUGACGGUGAAGGACAUCUCGAGCAGGCUGCAUGACAUGGGCUUCCAGCGCUUCGGAAACGAAAAGGUCUGGAACGGACACACUGGACGGCCACUCACUAACAAGAUCUUCGUCGGGCCUGUGUACUAUCAGCGCCUGAAGCACAUGGUGAGCGACAAGGUCCAGUCGAGAUCCAGAGGGCCUGUGCAAACAUUAGUCAGACAGCCAACAGAAGGCCGUGCCAAAGAAGGCGGCCUGCGAUUUGGAGAGAUGGAGCGUGAUUGCAUCAUCUCCCACGGAGCAGCCAAAUUCCUUAAGGAAAGGCUUUUCGAUGUCUCUGAUGCACACAGAGUGCAUGUGUGCGACAAGUGUGGUCUUUUUGCCAUCGCACGGUUAAGCAAAGACACCUACGAGUGCAAGAUCUGCAAGGACGCGGCAAGAGUGUCUCAGAUUUGCCUCCCGUACGCGUGCAAGCUCAUGAUCCAAGAGCUCAUGACCAUGAACAUCCUGCCACGACUGACCUUGGUC